AUGAUAGAUGUAGUGACGGCAUUGAAUAGCUUUAUUUUCAACAAUAACAGUUUCAGUAUUACUGGUAUCUACAGGCCUAAUUCCACAAAUGUACAGGAUUUUGUAAACAAUUUGGAUUCGUAUUUGAGAAGUACUGCAAACUGUGACAUUUCAUUGUUGGUGGGUGAUAUAAAUAUAGACUUAUUCAGAGAACAUGAAUACAGUAAUUUAGGAUACGUGAAUAUGUUGCAACAGAACGGGUACAUAUCUCAGAUUAAUACACCUACUAGGGUAGAUUCUAACUCAUCUACGAUUAUCGACCACAUAUUUUUGAAGGCAAACAGAUUUAAGGUCUCUGAAACAGCAAUUGAGUGUAAACCAAUACUUUUGGAAAAUUGUAUGACCGAUCAUUAUCCUGUUUUGUUCAAUUUUGGGUAUUUGAAAGGAAGUAAUUGUAUCAUUAAUAAAAACAGCUAUGAAUUUAAGAAAAUUGAUGAGAAAAAGUUGACAGAUUAUUUACAAGUGGUGACUUGCGACAGUGUUUUUUCAGAGAGUGAUGUCCAAAAAGCAACUGAUAACUUCUAUAAUGAAUUAUAUAAAGGCAUAGAUCAUUCAACUUAUUAUUUAAAAAUAAAUAGUAAGACCAGAAAACGCAAGCCGUGGAUGACUGAAGGUAUUCUUACUUCGAUCAAGAAGAGAGAUGAGUUGAAACAGAGUUUGACGAAAGAUAAUGAUAAUAUGAUAUUGAGAAAGUCCUAUAUUUCCUACAGAAACAGAGUAACUAAUUUUAUUUCUUUUUUUUAUAUACAUUUGCUCAUAAUAUACCUUAUGACUAUUAGCCAUGCAUUGAAUUUGUAUAUUGUAUGA